ACACACCGCCAACACAUCGCAAACAACUCAAACUCACCACAAAUGCUCAUUUAUUGACGAGCGUAUAUUCCCCACUCGUGACCAAGCUGUCAAGCAAGAAGAAAGCCUCACUUCAGUCUCGUUGGUGCAUUCGGAUGUGUCAAACGUAAUUGUCAAGCGCAGUGAAAAAAAGUGUUGUGAUGAGUCUGGAUGAAACCAAAAUGGAACCACUGCCAACGGCAGAAGCGCCACCCGAGAUCCAACCACUCUCAUCGACAUCUCAAUCGUCACCGCCUACUGUGCCGCAGGAAACGAUUCCUGCCCAGCCACCUGCUCCGAGCGGUGUUCGCAUCAGACCAAAAACUUGCGAUGUGCGUGAUUGUGACUCGAACAGUUUGCGCAACCCAGAUGUGUUGUUUGUGUGCGUCCCCAGUCACAGCUAUCCAGAGCGGCGCUUCGUAUGGCUGACAUUGAUGCAAGCAGCCCGCGACAAAAAGCGUAGCUACUGUUGCUCGCGGCACUUUAAGGUUCCAGAUGAUUUCAAAGAUUUUCAGGAGUUCAUUUCCGCUCCCCCGGGCUACAAAAGGCAACUGCUUGUCAAAAAGGGCGUAGUCCCGCAUCUCAAUAUGCCCCCACUGAACAUGUCAGCGUUACCGCCGCUGACCAAUCGUUGGCCGAUGACUUUGCCGACCAGUACGACGGAAUUGGAGCAGAUGCGUCACAAUGCCAUGGCAAUGCGCUCCCAGCCUCCUCCGCCGCCGUCAAGACUACAACAGCAGUCGACCCAGCUGGCCAUGAGGCCCCCACAGAGCGGUUAUGUUCCGUCGACACCUCGCAUCAAAUACUGCAAGGGUGUGCAAACUGAUUCGACGACGGCCAGCAUCGGACCACGGAAGGUCCCACCCAGUCUGCAGUACUGUAGGCUCUGUUUCCAGAAGCAAGACUUGGAACCGAUUUUCACCGGAGACCAAACGCUCAUCGAGCCGGAUUUGAUCGAUAAGAUUUUUGGAUGCACCGAAAUCAUGAUAUCCGUCGAGAGCGAUUUUCCUUCCUCAAUCUGCACUGACUGCUACAAUAAAGUACACGAAUACGUUACAUUUCGUAAACUUGUUCAAAGGAAUGAUCAAUCUCUUCGAGGCAUUCCGUUGCCCCCGUUGAAGUCCACUCCUGUUCGCAGUGCCCCUUCAUCAGUUCCGAGACAGAAUAGUUUCGUGCGUAUGAAAACCACUGAACUAGUACCGAACAGACCAACCCAGAAGGUUACACCGAUACGCCCGGUAAAUCCCAAUCCACCGAAACCAGUACAAAGGUCGCCCGUCGUGAACCAACAACAAAGAGAUGACCCACUACUAGAAGUUCAACGCGUGGAAAACGUCGAACGGUAUCAGCGGCGACAGGAAACCAUCGAGAGAAAUCAACCAUUGCGGGCGCAAAGAGUACAGGAUACUCUCUAUCCAGUCCCGUACCGUAGACCCACACAAGAGAGCUCCAUUAGCGAUGAUCCUCUUGCCAGCGCCGACAACGAGCAAAAGCUUCCAUCGGACUCGGAAGACUCUCAGGCACCGGAGGGCGUUCAACUAACUGAUCGAAUCGUUCCGGUAACACUAAUCCGUGUUCGGCCGGAGUCAUCUGACGAUAAUGAGGUAGCCGUUGCUAAGAAUGCUGAAGCAUCGUCAGAUGUUCCGAUAAAGGAAGAAGAACCAAGUGAUGAAACCACAUCGGAGAAUGUUACUACUGCGGCUGAUCAUAAUUCACCUAAGAAUAUGAUUAGACCGAGACCUUUGCAUCAACUGAUGCGAAGUCCCGAGCAAACGAAACCGAACCCUCCAAAUGUUCUACAGGCCGUGAAACUUCUUCCUUCAGCUACCGCUAAAGCUAUGGCAAGUCAGAAGCCUUCGUUGAAACCCGUCAGCACGUUAACAAGAGGGAUAACGAGCGGUCGGUUCCCGGUGCACAGGAUAUGGAAUACAUUCGAAAAAAGCAAACCCAAACCGCCUGUGGCUCGAAUGCUACCUAAAACAUUCAAUCGUGCAGUUAGGCUCCCAGGAUUACUAUCCAUAUCUAAUUUGAUUAAUCGGGCAAAAAAACAUCAAACCGUUGCAUCUGCUACCACAACUUCCACUUCACCGGCGAUCACUAAAGAUACUUCAACCACUCCAACAAACUUAGAAAAUCGGACGGUUUUACAUAAAACACCACCGAGCUUUCAAGCCGCGUGUUUGGCAAAACAUUCCACGCCAUCCCCAGUUCCCAAAUCCAAGGCUCCUACAGAUGCGCCACCAAAACCACAAGAACCACAAGAAAGCACUGUAUCAGAUACUCUCCGUAUUACUGAUACUGUUCCAGUAAUUCCCCCAAAAGUAACUUCUAAACCUUGCAUCCCUUCCACUUCAUCACCUAUUCCAACUAAAAAAAUCGUAAAAUCCCUUACACAAUCGAAAGAACAAGAAAGCUCUGACGUUAAAGUUCUCAAGGAAAGGACUCGUUUAGCAGUUGUUUUAUCAAAGCUUCCAUCCGUGACCGUAUCCCUGCCUUCGCCAAUCAGUACGGGCCAGCCUGCAAAGCCUGUAUCGACUCCAGUGCAAAAAGACACCAGCAAAACUGAGACUUCGUCAGCACCCACUACACCUUCAGAAACGAAUGUGCCACCUUCGCCACGAUCAUCACGCGUUCGAAAGGUCCCACUCAAGUUCCAGAACACCGUAGGAUUCCCUAUGCCGAAGAUCAUCACCGUCAAAGCGGACCCGGACGCUCCUCCAACAGCUGAAUCUAUCAAAGCUCCAGCGGCAGAGAAGCCUAAAGAAACCACUGUUCGUGUCACUCGUAGAUCUGCCGUAACCGAUGACAAACCUGCAAGCGCACAGACGGCUAGAAAGAAACCGGAAGCAAAGGAAACGGCGACCAAAAGUAAACCGAAAGAAGACGAACCACCCAAAAACGAACCUACGCGAAUGACCAGGCGAUCCGAUACAGCAAUCGUGAAACCCGACGUACAGCAACAGCGUUCCAAACCGCCGAAACGGAAAUCCGAUACAAAAUUGGAAACGAAAGACCAAGCACCUCCACCGCCUCCGUCGAAAUCGCCGAAACUGGUGGAACCGCCGAAAACGAAACAACAACCGCCGCCGCAGCAGCAGCAGAAGCCCAAGCAAACAGAACGGGCCAACGGCAGUGAACACAGUGCACCGGAACCGGCAGCGACGGAACCAACGACGCCAGCGAAAACUGUCAAACCGAGAAGACGAGCCGAACUGGAACGGGCAAAAACGCCGGUCUCGUCGCAGGACUGGAAAUGUCCGUUUUGCACGAAUAAGACAUUCGAGGAAAAGAAGAGACUGGUUAAGCAUUUGCGCAAACGGCACGGCAUGGAUUACGCUUUGGUGCGCCAACAGUUGGCUAUUUACGGCGGAAAUUGGCGCUAUUAAAGGGGUUGUUGUAGGUGUAUGGAUUUGUUUUAGGGUAAUGUUAUGUAAAUAAAUGCACCUUUAUCUUUACUUUAGA